AACAUAAGUUAUCUAAAUGGAUAGAAGAUGAAAAAGGCACAAAUUGGACACAGGGACUUCCAUUAGCAACACAUGCAAUGAAUACUGAAAUAUCUUCUAACAUAAUUAAUGAAGAAGAAUUAUCUGAUAGAAUAAUUCUUGAAGCUAAUUAUGAAGCUUAUAACAAUAGUCAAUUAAAUCAAAAUAAUGAAUCUGAACAAAUUAUUGAAUCUGAACAAAGUAUUCAAUCUGAACAAAGCAUUGAAAGCAUCAUUGAAUCUGACCAAAAUAUUGAGUUUGAACAAAGUGUUGAAUUAUGUCAAAACAUUACAUUAAAUCAAAGUGUUGAGUUGAAUCAAAGUACUGAACAAAAUCAUACUAUCGAAUCAAAUAAUCAAUAUAUUAAAUUAAAUCAAACAAAUGAAUGA